UAUUAUACCUUACCUACCUAGGUAUAAAAAGAGUACUUACGUAGAUUUUCUUUUAUUAACUGUUUUAUACGAAGAUCUUGAUCUCUCAAAUUAGCAUCCAUUUUACUUCCAGUGAUUAUCAACUAAAUUAAUAAUCCACAAAGUAUUAAAUAACGUUUUUAUGAAAUAUUUAGCACAAAAACAAUACCCUUUAAAUAUCGAUCGUCAGUAACUGUGGCUGACUUACCUAUAUUCUAGCAAGCAGGACUGCCAGAUGUGAAGGGGAAAUCCCCAAUAAAUUGUUGCAUGUGACUGAUGAUGUGAGCAUGUUCGUUUCAUAAUAAAAAUGUUGCCAGGUAACCAAAAAGUCGUAUGUUUUUGUGCGAAUUACGAUCAUAAUCUUUACGAUCGUACAUUAAAAAAUAGACAAAUAAUAGUAUGAGUACGAUUUAAAUCGUAUAUCUGUCAACCCUGCUAGCAAGACAGCGACAAAAUCACGUUGCAUAACAAUGUAGCCCAAGCUUAUAUCUUAUGAAAUAUACGGAAGAGAUACGGACUUAGAAAAAACAGAAAUGUUGUUCUUUGUGGAAGUCAUUGAUGAAAUUCUAUGUAUUUUAGCCCGCAAACUUUCUUCAAACAAAAACAGCGCCAUCUAGUAUCGAGUUCUGUAAUUAUCUCUUUGUUUAUGGAUUUGAAGUAAGACCGCCACGCAUGCAAUACAUUAUGACUGGGGAUUCCCCUAUUCGUCGACGCUGAAUAUGAGGCGACGACAAUCACUGUCAAACGUGUUCACUAUUACUCUGACUCUGGUAACGUGACUUCCUGGUAACGUGUUAGGUAGGAAAAGCAGUAAAAAAGUGCAUAUUAAGGGAGCAGAUUUGAAAUAAUAUUUAUACUUAACAAGAAAUAAUUAAAGGUUCAAUGGGGAGACCUAAAGAUUUACGCAUAUGGGAGCACUACCGUACUUUACCAAACAAGUCUGUUUCUUGCAAGCUUUGUAAUAAGGUCUACAAAUUCAGUAAUGCUGCCAAAAUGCUUCAACAUCUUAUCACUUGUCCAAAAUCUCCAGAAACAUUAAAAGACUCUAUGAAACUUAUAAAAGAUAGCUCGUCCAAAACCAAAAUGUCUGGACUGUCAGAGAUAGAGACAAAUGAUUCUUUUAUAAGCCCCUCGUCGUCUGCUAACACUACAAUAAAUGCUGAGUUUCAAGACACCGAUGAUCAUAUAAAAACAGAAUUAGCGAGAGCUAUAUUUGUAACAGGGACGCCAUUAUCGAUGGUGCAACAUCCUUUAUGGAUACAAUUUUUCGAAAAAUUGCAACCAAAAUUUAAAAUACCUUCACGUAAAGCUUUAGCGACAAAAUACUUAGAUAAAAUAUAUAGAGAAAUGCGUUUUGAGUUAAAUGAGGAACUAAAUGCUUGUAGUUACUUACACCUUCAGUGCGAUGGCUGGUCUAAUUUAAGAAAUGAAGGAAUAAUAAACUUUCUUAUAUCAAAACCUCAACCUGCAUACGUUAAAAGUUUGAAUACAGAAAGUAAUCCUCACACUAGUGAAUACCUUAGCCAAGAAGUUGAAAAAGUAAUGAAAGUGUAUGGAGCAAAUAAGUUUCUUGUACUUAUUGGCGAUAACGCUAGAAAUAUACAAAAGGCAUUCGAAUUAACAAAACUCAAAUAUCCACAUGUUGUUCCUCUCGGUUGCUGUGCACAUAUCCUUAACUUGUUGUGCCAAGAUAUUGUAAAGAUACAAGAAGUAACUGUGUUUAUUAUGCAAGCCAUAAAUAUAAUAAAAACUGUUAAAAGGAGUCAACGAUUAAGUUCCUUGUUGAUAAAAUCAAGGCAGGGUGAAGAUUCUACACAAACACUAAAAUUGCCUUGUGCUACAAGAUGGGGAAGUCAUGUUACUUCGUUAAAAAGUUUGAAAGCAAAUAAGAUAGCUUUGCAAAUAUUAACAGUUAGAGAAGAUGUGGUAAUUUCAAGAGAUAUUAAAGAUUUAAUUCUAAGUGAUGAUUUCUGGACGAAGACAGGGGAAUGUAUAAGUAUUUUGGAACCAGUCACUGAAAGCAUAUUUUACUUAGAGAGCGACCAGAAUCGUUUGCAUCGCACAUACAUUACAUUUAGAGAUGUACAAGCUAAGAUACGUUUUGCAUUAAAUGAGAUUUCGACAUUGAGCGAAGAAAGCAAACAGCAGAUUCUAACAUCAGUAUCUUCAAGAUGCAAUAUGGCAAUGAGGCCAAUACAUUUUGCAGCAUAUAUUCUAGACCCCAGGACUCUAGGAGUCGAACUUACUCAAGAGGAAGAACUUAAGGGUAUGGAGUUUAUCUACAAUUUAAGCCAACACUUAAGUUUGUCAAAUGUAAUGGCAGAUUUGGCGUGUUAUAAAGCUAAAGAAAACUUUUGGGCCAGAGGAUUUGUAUGGAGCUCAUUAGAUAGCAUUGAGCCCCUAAUAUGGUGGAAAGGUAUUUGUGGUUCCACUGAGUUAAGCAAAGUAGCGAUUCGUAUUCUAUCAGCUCCCUGUACUUCGGCAGCCACUGAGCGUUCCUUUAGUAUCCAAGGCUACAUACAUAAUAACAAAAGAAAUCGACUUACAACUGAAAGAACUGAAAAAAUUUCAUUCAUUUGUUAUAACUGGAAUCUUAAACAUAAAGCUGAAUGCGAGGACAUUCAGUUUAAUGAAGAAAAUACCUUAGAAGCUUUCAUUGAGCAAGUAAAUGAACAUAACAGUUUAGACGAAAUAGAGCCUAUCGAACCUAUACAAUUCAUCGCUUGUAAUAACUCUGAAUCUGACAGUGAUUGACUGUAGUUUUACAUUUUACUUUCAUCUCUUUCUUAAUAAACUCAAAAUCAAAUUAAAAGUUUUUUAUUCUGUAGGCUGCAUAAUAAUAUUGUCUAUGUCCAGUAUAGUGGACGUCUUGCGGCUGAGAUGACGAUGAUGAAGUACAAAAUCAUAAACACCCAAAAAUUUGGGUGUUUAUGGGGUUUAAACCCAAUAAACCCAAAACACCCGGUUUUUACCCACCAGACUUUAAACCCACCCAGGUGGAUUGCCCAUCUCUAAUUACAGUAGAUACGCAGUCAUCACCCGGCGGGUGUCAAGUCUUGAGUGUUGGCGGUUAGGCGCCAGAUGGCCGGGAAGUCCUCGCCAUUGUAUCGCAUCUGAGAUUUAAAAAGAGGCCGCCAACUCGACUGUACUUUUUGUGGCUGUGAUUAUUUUUUUUAUACAAUUUAGAAUGGCAAACAAGCUGACGGCCCAUCUGAUGGAAAGUGGUAACCGUCGCCUAUAGACAUGAGCAGUACCAUGGACAUAACAGAGUAUAUUGUUUCGCCCAUGAUACUCCCCAUGCGUUGCCAUUCCUGAGAACUCAGAUAUGAUUCCUCUGUACCCUGUAAAUUCACUGCCACCCUUCAAAUCGUAACACAGCCAUGCAAAAACAACUGCUUCACGAUUAAAUCACGAAUGGAAUAAGAGAUACCAGCUUUUAGAUCUAAAUCACUGGGUUAGCCCACAAUUGAAGUCGGUUAUUUUUUUUGUGAGACACGAUCUGUAUAAAUUCUACUUAUAAUUAUACUAUUAGGCAUUUUUUAGUUUGUUUCCACAGUAGUUGUCGAUAAGGUAACAAAAUCUGUUGAAAUUAUUACAGAUUUUUUUUUAAAUGAAAUUAAUAUUUUUAAAAGGAAUGUUGCGUUGGUUUGGCCAUUUGGAGAGGAUGGAUGAAAGAAGAAUUUCAAAAGAGUUUUAUCGAGCAAGAAUGAAUGGAGAUGUAGGUAGGGACCGCCCUAGACGGACGUAUGUUGACCAAAUAGGCGACGUGCUGAAGAAGGGCCAAAUUAAAAGUACCCGUAACCAGCGAGCGUGUAUGAAAAGAUUGAUGAAUGUUGAAGAAGCGAAAGAAGUCUGUUUGAAUCAAUGCAUUUGGCGUUCCAUUGUUUCUGCCUACUCUAAUGGGAGACAGGCGUGACAGAUAUGUAUUUAUUUUUAUUUAAAUAAAAUUAAAUUUAAGUAUUUUGUUAAUGUUAUUUUUUCAUGAUUCUACCGCUCGUUCGAAACUCAAUUUCAGUUAAGAAAAACGGAUAAGAAACUCAAUUGUUGCUGAAAUUAGUAACAAAUCGAAAUAUUCAAUUAAUUGUUUUUUAUAUUUUUUACAUUUUUAUUAAAUUAUAUUGGAAGAAACUACCAAUCCAUAAAUUUUAAACCUAAUGUGUGUACGGGUCGACUAGGUUAUGUUUAAAAAAGAUAUCUUUUUUUAGGGAUAAUCAAGAUAUUUUUUGUACAGAUUGUCGCUGUUUUUUUAUUCAUUUUAAAAUUAGAAUAGACUAACUAGUUUAUAUUAAGUCGCUAUUUCUUUUACAGAGCUAAAUGUACUUAUUUAUUUAUUCAAUGCAUGCCACAUAGAUAACAUAAACCCAGUUCGGGCGUUGCAUUUGGUAGGUACAUUGUAUUUAUGCAAUUACAAACAUUUGAAUAUUUCAAUCAAUAAUUACAUAGUAUAGAUAAAUUUCAAAGUUUACUAUCGUAAUAAUUUAUUUUCAUAUUAUACUUUUAUCAGUCAUGAAUUCUAGUUAAUUUCUAUUUAGGUAUCUGUCCUUUUCCUUAUAUUAUUCAUUAUUCAACUUUUCUGAUCCUUAUCCUAAAUUCCUUCGUCCAAAACUCCUUUCCUAAAAUGCUGUUUCCCAAACUUUGUUUUUGGCGGAUGCACUUUGUGCCGUACCAUAAGAAAGGAAAAAAAAAUUUUUUUAAUACGUUUGUUCCGUUGUGGAACAGGCUAAGGUCGCAGACCAUGCUGCCUAGUCUUCAAUAUGAUAAUUUGUCUGGAAUGUAAUACCCUUUUUAAAUUAUACGAAGUUGUUUCUGGAAUGCCUUGUUUUUCUCUAUGCUUUAUACUAUCCAGUAUUUUGUUAUAAAAUUAUUACGGUUUCUUUUUCUAUGUCACUUAGAUGGUUCUAUGCUCUGUGCUCUUUUCCCGCCAAACCCUUUUUGUUCAAUCCAAUGAUUUCUUUCACAAUCGCUUCAAAGUACAAAAAAGAAGCACAGUAUAACCGUAAUAACUAGUUUGCUUAUAAAUUAGUUAUAUUAAGAUCGAGAAGAGAAAGUUGACGACUGUUUUUUUUUUAUUUACUACGAAAUUCUUCCGCCUGCGCUUUCGGCUUAUACUGUCAGUGUCAGACUGGUUAUUUUUAAUGAAUGAAUAUAGAAUGAUACUCGUACAUGCCAAUGCUAAUGGCGUAUUGGCGUCAUAUUAGUGAUGCGUGAAGUUAAUAAAUAUAGUUAAUUUUUUUUUCAACCCACAGAGGUUUUUGAAAAACCCCAUACUGUAGUCUUUUGGAAAAAUCUCAACAGGGAGCUCAUUCCAUAACAUGAGCGUUAAUUAAUGUUUUAAACAAACCAAAUUCGGUCUUUUUAAUCACAAGUUCUUUUUUAUUAAUACACAAGUAGUAAAAUUGCUUAAUUAGCUAAAAAAGCAAUUUUUUUUAAACUUUUGAAUGCGGUAGCUUCUUUUAUCUAACGCAGUUAAGUAUGUAUAAUAAAAUUUUCUUCUACAAAAAAAAAACACAACGUUGACCGUGCCAUAUUGUCAUAUUGGAGCAAUAAUAGGCGGAAAAAAACAUUUUGAUAAUAAAAAGAAUGAUCAAAAUUAUUUAAAAUUGACGAAAAUAUCAUGUAACAUAGACACAAAAAUGAUAUAAGCUAAUUUUCUCUUUAAAGUCUCUUAAAAAUUAAGACCGGUGUUGAUUGUCUUACAAUUUGUUCAAAAUAAACAGUCAAAUUAAGAAUUGUCUUCUUUUUCUUCUGUCCCCCUUUUCCCGUUACUCGGGGUCAGCUUUUCUAAUCCUGCAGCGCCAUCUAUAGGAAUAGAAUAAUACAUGCAUCCUACUUCACAAGAUUUAACCGUUUCAUAUUUUUAUAAUAAACUGUUGCUAACCAUGACAUUUGAGAUUUUUUCUUUGUAUCCACGGAUAGGCACUUUUUCUGUUUUCUUUUCGACGUAAUUUAUUAAGAACGCUACCGCUCCCGCUCCGCUGGCCGCUCGCACACGAGCCACCCGCAGCCGGAAAUCGUCCUGAGUCCGCUACCUUAUUAUUAUGUCAUUAUUCCGCUAAUGUACGGAACGAUAGUGAAUUAUAGGUAAUACACGUGAGACAUUGUGUCGCAUGGUGCAAGAUGUAAUUUCGUCGUAAUCUACAUUAGUUUUUAUUCAUUUGUAGAAAGUAAUGUAUGUUACGUGUGUAUGCCUUGGGGGGAACGAAUUGUUAGUGAUUGUUGACUAACUCCAUAGAUAACAGUGUAUGAGGCUUAUAAAAUCAAAGACAGCUGAAUCCAGGUCUGUCAAACGUU